AUGCUGGGGGCGGCUGCUUCCACGGUCGUCGUACAGGGUGGCAAUUCCCGUAAUGUCGGCGCACGAUGCUCCGAUCUCAUUCUCUAUCCGGUUUCCGCUGUCGAUCAGAGCGAUCAAUAUAGAUUCGACUACAGUGAUGUGAGUUUCGGUAACACACAUGCACAAGGUGCUACUGUAGCAAUCACAUGCACAACUGGUGGACAGCCAGCAACCGUCGAAGGAUAUGACCAGUUCCUGUUCAAUAUCUCAGAUUUAAUCGGUGCCAAAGUUCAGUGGGCUAGAAUAUUCUCGACGAGAUUUUCUGAGCUACAAAUGUCAACAAAGCGUUCGCAUUAG